ACGCGUGGGGAGCGUGGGCUCGCCGGUGAGCCGGGGCUCCCUGCGCGGCCGGCGCGUCGUUGUCCUCGUACCGAGCCAGCUUCCCGGGACCGCGGGUCACCGCCCGCCGCCGCCGAAGCCACCGCCGCCGCCGCCGCGACGCCUGCCCGCGGAGUGCGGCGGAGUAGGCCGCGCCGGCGGCCAUGGCGCACCGCUGCUUGCUGCUGUGGGGCCGGGGCGGCUGCUGGCCCCGCGGCCUCCCGCCGCUGCUCGCGCCAGGUCCCGGCGUGGGCCCCCGCGGGAGGCCCUGCCUCCGGACGCUUUAUCGAUAUGCUACCUCUCAGGCAACAAGCAGCAGAAAUUCUCUUCUGACAGAUGUAAUUGCUGCUUAUAAAAGAUUUUGUUCUCGACCUCCCAAAGGAUUUGAAAAAUAUUUUCCUAAUGGGAAAAAUGGAAAAAAUGCUACUGAACCCAAAGAAGCUGUGGGAGACAAAAAAGAGUCGAAGCCAGCCUCUACCCCACGCUCUUCUGGAGGUGCAGGAGGUGGUGGAGGAAAACGCCGAGGCAAGAAAGAUGAUUCUCACUGGUGGUCCAGGUUUCAGAAGGGCGACUUCCCAUGGGACGACAAGGAUUUCAGGUUGUAUUUUCUCUGGACCACUCUGUUUUGGGGUGGAGUCAUGCUUUACUUCCUGUUCAAGAGCUCCGGGAGAGAAAUCACUUGGAAGGACUUUGUCAAUAACUAUCUUUCGAAAGGAGUAGUGGACAGACUGGAAGUCGUCAAUAAACGUUUUGUUCGAGUGACUUUCACACCAGGGAAAUCUCCCGUUGAUGGGCAAUACGUCUGGUUUAACAUCGGCAGUGUAGACACCUUUGAGCGGAAUCUGGAAAAUGUGCAGCAAGAACUGGGCAUAGAAGGGGAAAAUCGGGUUCCUGUUGUUUACAUUGCUGAAAGCGACGGCUCCUUCCUCCUGAGCAUGCUCCCCACGGUGCUCAUCAUCGCUUUCCUGCUCUACACCAUCAGAAGAGGGCCAGCCGGCAUUGGUCGCACUGGCCGAGGCAUGGGUGGACUCUUCAGUGUCGGGGAAACCACAGCCAAGGUCUUAAAGGACGAGGUGGACGUGAAGUUCAAAGAUGUGGCAGGCUGCGAGGAGGCCAAGCUAGAAAUCAUGGAAUUUGUAAACUUCUUGAAAAACCCCAAGCAGUACCAAGACCUUGGAGCAAAAAUCCCAAAGGGUGCCAUUCUCACUGGCCCUCCAGGUACUGGGAAGACCCUGCUAGCUAAGGCCACAGCUGGAGAAGCCAACGUCCCCUUCAUCACUGUUAGUGGAUCUGAGUUUUUGGAGAUGUUUGUUGGUGUGGGCCCAGCGAGAGUCCGAGACUUAUUUGCCCUUGCUCGGAAGAACGCCCCUUGCAUACUCUUCAUUGACGAGAUUGAUGCUGUGGGAAGGAAGAGAGGACGAGGGAACUUCGGAGGGCAGAGCGAGCAGGAGAACACACUCAAUCAGCUACUUGUGGAGAUGGACGGCUUUAACACUACAACAAACGUCGUCAUUUUGGCCGGCACCAACCGGCCUGACAUCCUGGACCCAGCCCUGAUGAGGCCGGGCCGCUUUGACAGGCAGAUCUUCAUUGGACCACCAGAUAUAAAAGGAAGAGCCUCUAUUUUCAAAGUUCACCUUCGGCCACUGAAACUGGACAAUACCUUGGAAAAGGAGAAAUUGGCCCGAAAGCUAGCAUCCUUAACCCCAGGGUUUUCAGGAGCCGAUGUUGCCAAUGUCUGCAAUGAAGCUGCUUUGAUUGCUGCAAGACACCUCUCGGAUUCUAUAAAUGAGAAGCACUUUGAGCAAGCAAUUGAAAGAGUGAUUGGUGGCUUGGAGAAGAAAACCCAAGUUCUGCAGCCCGAGGAGAAAAAGACAGUGGCAUACCACGAAGCAGGCCACGCAGUUGCUGGCUGGUACCUGGAGCACGCAGACCCCCUCUUAAAGGUGUCCAUCAUCCCACGAGGCAAAGGAUUGGGCUACGCUCAGUAUUUGCCCAAGGAGCAGUACCUGUACACCAAGGAGCAGCUCCUGGACAGGAUGUGCAUGACUCUGGGUGGCCGAGUGGCCGAGGAGAUCUUCUUCGGGAGAAUAACCACGGGCGCCCAGGACGACUUGAGGAAGGUCACACAGAGCGCGUACGCCCAGAUUGUGCAGUUCGGCAUGAAUGAAAAGGUGGGGCAGAUCUCCUUUGAUCUGCCACGCCAGGGGGACAUGGUGUUAGAGAAGCCAUACAGUGAGGCCACUGCCAGGCUCAUAGACGACGAGGUGCGCAUACUCAUUAACGAAGCCCAUCAAAGAACGUUGGCACUCCUCACAGAUAAGAAAGCGGACGUGGAGAAGGUUGCUCUUCUGUUGUUAGAAAAAGAAGUGUUGGACAAGAAUGAUAUGGUGGAACUCCUGGGCCCUAGACCAUUUGCAGAGAAAUCCACCUAUGAAGAGUUUGUGGAAGGCACCGGCAGCCUGGAUGAGGACACAUCUCUACCGGAGGGCCUGAAGGACUGGAACAAGGAGCGGGAGGAGAAGGAGAAGGAGGAGCCCCCUAGUGAGAAGGUCGGGGACAAGGUCCCCGUCCAGAUCCAGGCAUGGAGGCCCUUUUAGUCAGGUCUCCUGGGGUUUUGAUUCAUGCCUGUUUCAGCCUUGCCUUUCCAAAGGAUGGUAGCCCUGCCAGCUGCUGAGCUCGGAACAGAGCCCGCCACCUCGGAAGUCGGCAGGUGUGUCGGCAGCUUAGAGCCUCGGAGCCUCGCCCCGCCCCCAGCCCUGGCCAGUCUGUGGUGCCACAGUGACCUCGGAUGGUGCGCGGACACUGGGGGUGAUUCUGGCUCCUCUGUGGCCUUGGUGAUGGGGAGGAAGGGAGUUUUCUCUUCUCACCCCACUCUCCAUUCCUCUUUCUCUCUGCAAACGUGCUGUGAAAUUAAAUUGAAGUACUUAAAUAUUUUGAUUUGACCUCCUAAUAUUUUAAAGGUUGAACCCAGAUCACUUGUUGCUGUUUUAAUGGGAUCGUUUUCUAUAGAGAAUUGUAACAUAUUUAAAGAUAUGAAUUCAUUCUGUAAAUAUGGCUAUUUCCAUCAGAAAUAAAAGGUAAAUCCUCUA